AUGAAAAUCAGAGUGAAACACGCAAGAUCGAUGAAGCGGAAAUGGCGGGAAUCUUGCAACGCUUCGGAAAUUCAUUGGAAAAGCUGGCUAACAACUCAGACUUCUACAUUCCAAAACAUACAGGAUGAUCUUCUUUUGCGUUUUGACGACAAUGGCAGCGACGGCAAUGCAGAAAUUACGGAAUCCAGGGAUGGAAAUAUGCUUGAUGUGGAAUCCACGCUCGACCGUGCGCUUGCUCAACGAGCGGAAUUGGGUGACACAGCAAACAAUGACAGUUCUGUGUUACGCCCUGACUCAGGGCCACAGAGCCCUGUGGUGGAUAGCCUGACCCAGGCCUUUACACCACAGAAAGCAACAUCACCCCCAAUUGAGGGCCAGAUUGCUGAACUCAUUAAUAAUAUACUUGUUGGGGGUUUAUUGGCCGAAAUGGUCAAGUGGAGAAGCAUCCACCUCCAGAAAACUGUGAAAACUUGUCCGUGA